AUGGGCGAGAGCACCAGCCCCAUCAGCGUGAUCCUGGUGAGCUCGGGCAGCCGCGGCAACAAGCUGCUGUUCCGCUUCCCGUUCCAGCGCGGCGCCGAGCACCCCGCCGCGCAGGACAACAAACCAAGGAGUCGAUACGCUGUGAAUGGCUCUGGUGACACCACAGAAGAUCAAGAUGGGGACUCCAGAGACCAAUGUCCUCUAACUGAUGAGCAAUUGGUUUCGGGGUUUUCAGAUGUCAUCCUGGCAACAAUUUUGGCUACCAAGUCAGACAUGUGUGGCAAAAAGUUCGAGCUGAAGAUCGAUAAUGUUCGCUUCGUUGGCCAUCCCACCUUGCUCCAGCACGCCCUCGGGCAGGUGUCCAAAACUGAUCCCUCACCAAAGAGAGAGAUGCCCACUAUGAUUCUGUUCAACGUGGUGUUUGCACUAAGGGCCAACGCGGACCCGUCGGUGAUAAACUGCCUGCACAACCUGUCGCGCAGGAUCGCCAUCGUCCUGCAGCACGAGGAGCGCCGCUGCCAGUACCUCACCAGGGAGGCCAAGCUCAUCCUGGCCAUCCAGGACGAGGUGUCUGCCAUGUCAGAAACCACAGAAGGGCCACAGUCACCUUUUCAUCACAUCCUACCCAAGUGCAAGCUGGCCAGAGAUCUCAAAGAGACAUACGACAGUCUCUGCACGACAGGGGUGGUUCGUUUGCACAUCAACAACUGGCUGGAGGUGAGCUUCUGCCUCCCUCACAAGAUCCACUAUGUUGCCACCAACUUCAUACCCCCAGAAGCGAUCGAGAGGAGUCUGAAAUCCAUCAGGCCUUACCAUGCCUUAUUACUAUUAAAUGAUGAGAAGUCAUUGCUUAAUGAGCUCCCGUUGGACUGCUCUCCUGCCCUGGUGAGAGUAAUUAAAACUACCUCUGCUGUGAAGAAUUUGCAGCAACUGGCUCAAGAUGCUGACUUGGCACUGCUGCAGGUUUUCCAGCUUGCUGCACACCUCGUUUACUGGGGAAAAGCAAUUAUUAUUUACCCUCUUUGUGAAAACAACGUCUACAUGCUCUCUCCAAAUGCCAGUGUCUGUCUUUACUCUCCACUGGCAGAGGCAUUUUCCUGCCAGUUCCGUGGCCACAACCUGCCAUCCAUGCUCUCCAAGUUCUCCCUCCCCGUGUCCCUCUCGGAGUUCAAGAACCCGCUGGCGCCGCCCGUGCAGGAGACCCAGCUCAUCCAGAUGGUGAUAUGGAUGCUCCAGCACAGGCUCCUGAUCCAGCUGCACACCUACGUGUGCCUGAUGGUGCCCCCGAACGAGGAGGAGCUCCGGGCCCAGGAUGACGACAUGCCCUUCACUGCCAGGGUUGGAGGCCGAAGCCUGAGCACCCCCAAUGCCCUCAGCUUUGGUUCUCCAACCAGCAGUGAUGACAUGACUCUGACAAGCCCUAGCAUGGAUAAUUCCAGUGCUGAGUUGAUACCUGGGGGGGACUCCCCCCUGAAUAAAAGGAUGACGGAGAAUCUCCUGGCCAGCUUGCUGGAGCACGAGCGGGAAGCGAUCCUGAACGUCCCCGCUGCCCAAAAUCCCGAGGAUCUCCGCAUGUUUGCAAGGCUCCUGCACUACUUCCGAGGGCGGCACCACCUGGAGGAGAUCAUGUACAACGAGAACAUGCGGCGCUCGCAGCUGCUGAUGCUCUUCGACAAGUUCCGCAGUGUCCUGGUGGUCACCAGCCACGAGGACCCCGUGAUUUCCGUCUUUCAGUCCCUCCUGAAGUGACCCUGCCGGCACAGGAAGGGAACCUGCCACGCUCUCCGUGUCUGGAAGAUGCCUGAAAACCAGAGGAGGUGAUUUCUUGCCCGUGGCACAGAGCAGGUUCUCCCCCUCCUCGCUGUCCCCCCUGCUCCCCGCGGUGGCAGCUGAGGCCACUCUGUGCCGGGCUCUGGGCCUGCUGCAGGACAGCACUGCCCACCCAGCUGGGAUUCCUGCCAUGCCAGGGGCACAGCCCUUCCCUGCCCCUGCUGCCCCCAGGGACUGUGAGAGCAGGACAAGGACAGUUCCCCUGUGGGGCUGCUGACAGAACAUCCCCUUCAGCUGGACACGGGUGCAUCGAAAGUGCUUCCUCUGCUCUCCAGGCACGACUGCUGGGCCAUUCAGCCACGUCCCCACAGCACAGCCCCUGCUCCAGGGCACAGUGCAGCUGGCCUGGAUUACAGGGAAAUGCCCUGGGCACCGAGGAGUUCUGUUUGAUCGUUGUUACCUGAGGACAUGGCCAGGAAGGCAAAGUAUCACAAGUAAACAGUUUCAUGAAUGAAGGAGUGACUU